AUGGACUACAGUUAUGAUACGGACCUGGAAGAGUUGUGUCCGGUGUGUGGGGAUAAAGUUUCUGGCUAUCAUUAUGGUUUAUUAACCUGCGAGAGCUGCAAGGGUUUCUUUAAGAGGACCGUACAGAAUAACAAACGGUACACAUGUGCUGAGAGUCAGGACUGUAAUAUCGAUAAAACCCAGAGGAAACGCUGUCCGUUCUGCCGCUUCCAGAAAUGUCUGAACGUCGGGAUGCGGCUGGAAGCUGUCCGUGCUGAUAGGAUGCGAGGAGGGCGCAAUAAAUUUGGCCCCAUGUACAAACGAGACCGGGCGUUAAAGCAGCAGAAGAAAGCUCUCAUCCGGGCCAGCGGCUUAAAGAUGGAAGCCACGCCCCCUUUGAUGUCAUCCCCUCAGCCUGACUACAGCUUCAGCACUGCUCUGUCCACCCCGGCUCCAAAAAACACCCACCCAAACAUCGGCACCUCGGUGGCCCCUACAGAUUACGAACGCAACCUCUACGCAUCCAGUUCCCUGAGUUUAUCCAUCCCCAUCCCGGCCCACACCCCUCUGCCAGCUCAGUACCCGGCGUAUCCCACCCUGGCCAGCCACGCCAUCAAAUCCGAGUACCCCGACCACUACACAAGCUCAGAGCAUUACACCUGCGCCAGCUCCCCAGAAUCCGUUCCAGGCUACACGUACGUCGACCAGACCCCUCCGGGCUUAACGGUACCGCCACUGGUUCUGGAGUUUGUUCGCUGUGAGCAAGAUGAGCUGCAGGUGCAAAGCAAGAUAAGCGCUCACCUGGCCCACCUGCAGCAGGAACAGAACUCUCGGAGCGCGGCGGCCAAUCAGGAACAGGACACACGUCUCGCUGCCAAACAGGAACGGCUCAGCACCUUCGGCCUGAUGUGCCACAUCGCCGAUCAGACCCUCUUCUCUAUAGUGGAGUGGGCGCGGAGCUGCAUCUUCUUUAAGGAGCUCAAGAUUGACCCCAUAUUGGUCCGCGCCCCUUUCUUUCUCAGCUUCAGGAGAAAAUGCUCCUUUAUUGUUCGCGUUCGCUUAAAUGUGAAGCUGUUGGAAAACCAGCCUUACGUGGAGAGCAUGUACGAGCAGGUGAACGCCGCGCUGUUGGAGUACACACUGUGUGCGUAUCCACAAUUCCCAGACAGGUUUAGCCAGAUUCUGCUGCGCUUUCCUGAGCUCAGAGCACUCAGCACACAAGCUGAAGACUACCUGUGCUACAAACACCUGAGCGGAGAGGUGCCGUGCAACAACCUCCUCAUAGAAAUGCUGCAUGCCAAGAGAACCUGCAUCUGACACACACACACACACACACACACACACACACACACACAAACACACACACACACACACACAUUUCCAGGCCCGAUUCCUUUGCAGAUGACACUGUUAUUGACUAUAUGUUUUGCAGCACACAGAAAACCUCAUCAACCAUGCCACUGUGUUUCUGAAAGGAAAGAGGGGAGAUGUCAGUGUUAUUGACUGUGCUGCGGUGAUGACGUAUUUUUGUAGGCCAAACAAGAAGUCAGCAUCACCCUGGUUCCUUUGACAAAAACCCAAUACAAUUUUUCUAUUGGUUUUUGCAGAAAAUAAGCUCUGUGAUUCUUACACAUUUUAUUCACAAAUGAACAACAGUUUGAAGCCUAAAUACAAUCACUUGAAGUAAAAAGCUAAACGCAGUCUAUACACAAGCUACAUGACUUCAGCUCUUUCAGUCCUUAUUUUAAAAAACAUUUUCCUUGAGAGUUAGAAUACUUUGCAAGAGUGCAGUUACAAACACAGUGAGGCUGUGAAAGCGGCUAGUGAGUAGAUGAGUUAACUUGCUCGAUGUGACGACCU